CUCCUCUCCUAUUCUCCUCCCCUCCUCCCUCCACACACAGAGAGCAACAGGUCUAAAUCCUGUUUGUGCAUGGUUGCUUGUGGAUAACAAGGGCCUUAAACUCAAUAUAAUCCAAGCCUUGUCCCUAAAUUUCUAUAAACUGGAGCAAUGAUAUUUCGGACAGCAGUAGAGCAUGCUAAGAAGCACCCUGGCCUCAUCCCCCAGUUCUUCUUCAUCUGUUUGGGAAUGGGCGGGGCGUCUAUGUAUCUGAUACGGUUGGCCAGAGGACCGCAUGUCACCUGGAACAAGACCAAAAACCCUGAGCCAUGGAAUAAUCUUGAUCCCACUUACCAGUACAAGUUGGUGGCCAUAAACACAGACUACAAAAACCUGAAGAAGGACGGACCUGAGUUCUGAAUCUUUCGCUGGACUCCUCUCACAGACUAGAGUGUAAAGACAACAGAAAAUCCUGAUCCAAAAUCAUAUUCACUCCCCGCCCUCCUCGACAGCUUCUCUGCAGGUGGAAGCUGAAAUGGAUCCUAGAUCAGGAUCUGUAACCCUUUAGUGCGUCUGUACCUCUGAUCUGGUUAAUUCCACCUGCACAUAAGAAUAUUGAAAAUGUUUACUAUGUUGUAUUUCUACAUUAUUACACAAGAGAUAAGACAGACAUGCACACUGCACCAAACAUAUGGUAUUGCAUUGUUAAGCCAAUUUAAUACAAAUAAGGGAUAAAUAUCACACUAUACAUCACAGAUUACUGCUGUGAAUUGUCACUGUAUUAUUUUUUGAAUCUUUCAGCCAUCUGUUGGUUUCAAUUCAACUUUGAAACACAAUAAAGUCAGUUGACAGACUCAAAAGAGCUGAAGUGGAUUAUGCAAAUAAGUUUCAGGUGUCAGGCUAAUGACAAGAAAAAUAUGGAGACAAGUAGCUGCCUGGAACAGAGUGGAAAAAUACACAGGAUAUCUGAAACUGCAUGCAUCCAAAAACAAUCACUGGAAAAGUAAAAUAUACAUUAUUUGUAAUUAAGUGGCUCAAAGCAAGGAACAUUUUAAAGUUUUCUUUUAAAUGUCAAUGUGAUGGUCUAAAUCUGACGCUUAAAAUGCUUUAUGUUUGUAUAGUUUCUGCAAGUGUGAAACUUUAUAUACAUAAACUUGUCAUGACGUCAAAUCCGCCUGCUGGAACACACUGAUGGUCAAAUGAAUGUGACUUGUCUGCAUGUGUUUCUUCAUAACCGGUACGUUAUUGUUGUUUAGCAGACACUAAAUUCAGCAAUGACUGUGUAAGUUAUAGUAAUAGAUGUAUAAACUGGGCUGGAUACUUUCAAUAAAUACAAUUUAAGUUUUA